AUGAAUCCAAGUUUGACAGAUAUGCCUGAUGUUGUAUUGAGACAAAUUUUCACUGAUGUUGGCUGUCCAGGAAUAUUCAAUCUUCGAAAAGUGUGUCCAUUUUUUCGAGAAUUUCUGCAAAAAUUUCCAACAGACUCCAGAAUUCCAUUGAUUAACAUUACGAUUUAUAAAGAACUGAUGAUCAUCAAACUAAAACCAGGAAUAAUGGAAACCGAUGGAAUUCGAUACUCAAAACAGGAAACACAUUGUAAAAUUAGAUAUGGAGACUCGGGGAAAAUUCUGGAAAAUUGCGAUUAUUCUGAUCGAAUUUUCGAAGAUUUGGAAAUUAUAAUUGCUCAUCAAAAAUCAGUUCUCGAAGCACUCGAAAUUUUUUGUCCGAUUCCAGUUAUUUGGGAUACAGAAUUUCCUGAAACAGUCCAGAGACUACAGAAAGUUCUUGAAAAUUCUCGAAAACUCAAAGUCAAAAAAUUCUAUAUGCAUUACUCGAAUUUUCCUCGUAUUUCCUCACUUUUGAAACUCUUGGACGCCGAGAAAAUCGAAGAAAUCGCAACGUCCUCAAUGAUCCAGCCUUAUGAAAAUGAUAUUGGAAUUGAGGAUUUGGUAAAAUUGGAUCAUUGGAAAAAUGCGAAACGGAUAAAAAUUAUUAAUGUUCCAAUCAACGCAUCACUACAGAACUUUCUACAUUUCGAAGAGGUUACGGUAGAAUUUACGAGGAUUUCUGCUGACGAAAUGAUUUUGGUAACGGAGAACUUACUGAAAUCUACAAUCGCAAGAGAAUUUCGCAUUGGCUACACCGGAUUCGAGAACGAAAUUCAAUUUUUGAACUAUUUGGGACCCCCUAGAACAUCUGACGAUGACGACGACGAAACGAACCAAAAAAUAUGGUACAAACGAAUCGAGAAUUCGUCGGAAUCUCUUUUCAUAUUUCAAUCGACGGAGCACAAUAAUUACUUCAAUCUUUCUAGAAUCCCAUUAUCUCGUUUUCCAGAAAAUUGA